GAAACCUCUCCUACCCCUAUUGUCCGAAAAAUACCAUACAAUCAGAAAGUUGAGCAAGGUAUAAUUCAGGAAGUGAUCUCAUUUAUUCAAAAAAGAGCACUCACCUCAUCAAUUAACAUCCUUGAGUCUCGAGAGAUUGAAACGGUACCAGCUGAUGGGGAAGGUCGAGAUUUGGCUCAAUUAUUUUCCAAUGCUAAAGUUGCGGAAGGUAGAACGUUAGAAGCUAAACGAAGAGAACUUGUAUGCUGGUAUAAUUAUAGCGAAUCAUAUCAAAAUAAGGUUGCAGAAAUUUGCUCUAAAACCGGUGUAGCCGAAAAAAUCGCAAAGUCUCAAGUUUACGCCAUGAUCAAGGCUUCUCUACCCAAUGUUUCAGAUUCAAAUCUGUAUAAGAAGACCGAAAGAGCUGGAAGUGUUUAUAAGCUGUUCGGGAAGAUUAUCGAUCCUGCAACCAAAAAAGAA